AAGAUGUGCCCCAUAAACCUGUUGAAGAUAUUUAUAAUAACACUCGUUACGUUGGAGGUCAAUGGAUUUAUUUUACCAAAGAGGAGCCGCAGUAUCGACUGCAAGAAAUAUGUUUUCGCCCCAAGAUGUCGAGGCGUUUCCGCAAAAAGAGCCAUCCCCCAGUCAACAAAUGUUCAGCCCUCUUUACCCGAGUCCUCACAAUUAGAUGCAGCAGUCUUGAAAAGUUUCCUCUCCGCCAGAAACCAAGAGUUAGACAACACUUCCAGAUUCCUGGAGUUUUUGCAGCAGUUACAACAGCAGACGAAUGGGGACAGACGCAAAAGGAUGGCACAGCAUUCGCGAGCAUUGAAUAUAGGAAAUGAAGGAGAUAAAAUUUUGUCUCUGUUGGCCAGUCGAGUGUCCAGUCCAGGACUUUGAAAGCCGGACAGUGGUGUCAAGCUGACGAUAGUUUCAGAGUUCACGUCUGCUAGUUUUCAACGUUUCCUGUUAGUAGCCAGCCAUCACACUUGUUUUGUUUGACCAGUUCAGUUUUUUUUUUAAUUAUUUUUUUUUCUAAAUAUAGAUCUAUGUAUACAUGUUCCAAAAAAUAAUUAUAAUGAACAAAACGAAAUGGUUUGGUUUUCAAUGCUAUUGCAAACUAACCAGUAAAUGUUUAAAAAUAUGGAAAGUUGAGUAUUAAUGGUGAAUAAAGAGUCGUCCAUAAACAAUGUCAGGCUUUAAAAAAAGAUUUU